CAGUCUUAAACAAGCAUUGAGAAUACAUAGUCUUCUAAAAACCGGAUUGCAAUAACAUUCAAUAUGUCCGUAUUGAAUACUUUUUUAGUCAUAGUGGCUUUAAUCUUAUGUUACGUAAAUGAUUUCCCUGUUACUGGGCAUGAAGUUCAACUACCUCCAGGCCAGGAAUGUCAAAUGACCGCAGUCAUUCAUGUUUUAAAACACCGAGGAUGUAAACCUAAAGCAAUUCCGUCGUUUGCUUGCAUUGGAAAAUGCACAAGCUACGUUCAGGUAUCGGGUAGUAAAAUAUGGCAAAUGGAGCGUACCUGCAACUGCUGUCAAGAAUCAGGAGAAAGAGAAGCUACAGUUGUCUUGUUUUGUCCGGAUGCUCAAAAUGAAGAAAAGCGAUUCAGAAAGGUUUCAACGAAAGCUCCGCUUCAAUGCAUGUGUCGUCCUUGCGGAAGUAUAGAAGAGAGUUCCAUUAUUCCUCAGGAAAGAAGUAAAGUCACAUCUCCGAGUCCUACGUCAGUGGCAGGUCGCAGAGGGUCGUCCUCAAGUCGUACAGCCGACAACAGCAAGGAGCCUAAAAAAGAAGAAAAAGCUUCUCCAGAGGAUCCAAAGAGUGACGAUGUUGAAGAAAUUAACUAUAAAGAAAUGCUUAAUAGUCUUGAAGGAGCAGCAUUUCAGUCGCGAUUACCAUUUGAUAAGAUGUCGUCACUUGAAGCAGAAUGCUUUUCUGAUUUACAAGGCCCUUCGAAUUGCGCAUUUAUUCAAAUUCGAAAUCGGAUUUUAAAAAUGUGGUUUGCAGACCCUAAGAAACAGUUGACUCAAGAACAGGCUGUAAAAAAAAUGGAGCCUCCCUAUAAUGGAGAUCCAGCAUUAAUAAUGAGAACUCAUGCCUUUCUGGAGAGACAUGGUUUUAUCAACUAUGGAAUAUAUGAGCGCGUAACACCAAUCCCAAGCCCUCCAAAAGGAAAACAACGCCCAAAAAUUAUAAUUAUUGGAGCAGGAGUGUCCGGCUUGGCAGCUGCUCGCCAACUUCAGUCCUUUGGCUGUGAAGUCGUGGUUUUAGAAGGAAGAGACAGAGUCGGAGGCCGAAUAGUGACCUACCGGAAAGGACCCUAUGUAGCUGACCUAGGUGCUAUGGUAGUAACUGGACUAGGAGGUAACCCUGUGACAACGUUGUCAGUGCAAAUGAACAUGGAGCUUCAUAAAAUUAAACAAAAAUGUCCCCUUUAUGAAGCUAAUGGGAACCAAGUACCUAAACAUAAGGAUGAAAUGGUGGAACGCGAAUUCAAUCGUCUCCUAGAUGCCACAUCUUAUCUGUCUCACCAAGUGGAUUUCAAUUAUUAUAACGACACGCCUGUCUCACUGGGUCAAGCUUUAGAGUGGGUCAUCAAGCUGCAACAAAAAAAUGUUAAACAUAAACAGAUACAGCAUCUGAAAGCUCUCACAACGUUGCAAGAGAAAAUGAAAUCAAACAUAAAUAAAAUGACCGACCUGCAGGAUCUCCUCAAGUCCCUGAAAUCGGAGAAGGAGGCUUUGCUCGCCGAGAAAGCGACCGGUAAUACCGGGGAUGCUAAUAUACAGCAAGAGUUCAAUUUGCGGCGACUCAAUAGGGAAAUGAAACAUCUUUGUAACGAAUACGAGAAUUUGGUCACUCAGAACUCGACUAUUGAAGAGAAACUGACACAUCUGGAAGCUAAUCCGCCGAGUUCCGUGUAUCUGUCGGUCCGGGAUCGUCAGAUAUUGGAUUGGCACUUUGCGAAUUUGGAAUUUGCGAACGCAACGCCUCUCGGGAACUUAUCGCUGAAGCACUGGGACCAGGACGACGAUUUCGAGUUCACCGGAAAUCAUUUAACAGUUCGUAACGGGUAUUCCUGCGUGCCCGUCGCUCUGUCAGAAGACUUGGACAUCAGGCUCGGGACCUCGGUAACUGAUAUCAACUACGAAGGCCCAGGAGUAACAGUUAAAGCUAAUAGUUCUCGCAAUCCGAACCAGCCACAGGUCUUUAAAGGAGAUGUAGUCUUAUGUACAUUGCCUUUGGGAGUGUUAAAGGUUGCAGUGGCAAGCAAUGGACAGAAUCAACAGAACUUCACCACUUUUAAUCCCCCCCUGCCCGAGUGGAAGGUGGCAGCUAUCAAGCGUCUCGGUUAUGGAAAUUUGAACAAAGUGGUUUUGUGCUUCGAACGAACCUUCUGGGACCCGAGUGCCAAUCUAUUUGGGCACGUUGGUACGACCACCGCAAGCAGAGGAGAACUUUUCCUUUUCUGGAACCUCUAUAGUGCGCCGGUACUCCUAGCUUUGGUAGCAGGAGAGGCAGCGGCUGUAAUGGAAAACGUCACCGAUGACGUCAUCGUCGGUAGAUGUAUCGCCGUACUGAAGAGCAUAUUUGGUCACGCGGCCGUGCCGCAACCCAAAGAAUGCAUAGUAACUAGAUGGCGUGCCGAUCCAUUCGCUCGCGGCUCGUACAGUUUUGUAGCGGUAGGGUCGUCUGGUACUGACUACGAUCUCCUGGCCGCCCCUAUACCUGGAACUGAUGGAGAGAAUAGACUUUUCUUUGCCGGUGAGCACACGAUGCGGAACUAUCCAGCAACGGUGCACGGAGCAUUCUUAUCGGGUUUAAGGGAAGCUGGGAGAUUGGCCGACAUGUUGCUUCCUCUGCCACCAAUCACUAGCUCGAGUGUCGCUGCCGUGACGGCAAACAAUUCCGCAUGAUGGCUGAAAACAAUUAAACUUAAACCCUGAAAAUUUCGAUCUAAGGUGAAAUUGAUAAUAUUUAAGAACAACUCUCAUUUAAGGACCGGUUGUAGAAUUUAUCCAAAUUUUCAACUUUAUUGUUUUUUGUUUGACAGUUUCAUUUGUUACUAGCUAGCCAUAAUGUAUCGAAGUAACUAAUGUUGAUCUUUGUAUCAAUGAAUACGAUACAAUAGUAGUAACGGAGAUGUGUGACGUCAUUUGUGGCGACAGUAACCGGCGAUGCGCUGCGUUUGUAAUGCUACAAUUAUUAGAAGUCAUUGGAAAUACUGAGUGAAUGAUAUACUCGUAGUUAAUUGAAUAAAUAUACCUUUUAAUUCCAAAUAUACGAAUGCAUGUCGCAUCGUUGAUCUACUACGUAAUUUGGAUAUUUUUUAUUGUUGGAGAUAAUAAGUAUGAAGUAUUUCCAAUGGUUUACUUUUAGUUAAAUUUAUUUAUAGCUUUGAAACAGGAACAAUCUUCAAUUUAGUCUUUAAAAGCUUUUUACGAAUGGUUAAAUAUUUCUCAGGGACCAACGAAUUAAGAUUCAAUUUUUUAUUUAUUUCAAAUGCUGGAAUUUGUUCAAAUUCUAUAAUUUAAAAGCAGUUUCUGAAACUUAUCGGAAUGUAAUCUUUUUCAUGGCUUUUGUUUUCUUUGAAGUCUUUUAUUUUUAGUGUUUUUUGUUUUGUUUUCCGCGUGUCUUAGGUAUAAUUGACUAAAAUUUCUUUUUCUUUUUAAUUUCGCUUUUAUUAUUUUAGUUUUAUUAUUUCUGACGUUAGGAGUACUUUACAAUUUUCCUUGUCACCGACUUUUAAUUUUUGUUUCAAAUCUAGUAACUACAAUAGUCUGUGUACUUAUUUAAUAACUACUUUUAUUCUCUUAUUCAACAUUAUUUUCAGAGUUCUGGAUCUUUUAAUGUUUGUAAUAUCAUUAUGAAAUUUAUUUUUCAUAGCAUUAAUAACAUUAGCUUUCAGCAGGAGCAAGUAUUGUAAGAAUUAAUAAAUAAUAAAGUUUUAUGAAAGUAAAA